AAUCAACUAGAAAUAAGCACAUUAAGAAACUAAUCAACUAAAAAAAGAAAUGGCUCCUGCACUGCAUUAAGUACAUGUAAUCCCAAUUACUACAAAUAAGGUAUUAUAACGGUGUCACUGGAAUGCCGUAUAAGAUACAAUAUUUCUUCUUUGUUCUUCGUUUUCUUAAUGAUGAGAUCAAAGCUGGUGGAGGGGAGUAAAUGGAAAUAGAAAUGUCUUUAGUCUGCAGAUGCCUCCAGAAGCAGACAGAGCUCCAUCACUGGACUUUCCAACACACCGGUUCUGGUCUGAAGUUGCACUGAACAAACCGGGUCUCUGCAUCCGCUGCAUCAGCCAGAACUCCCCGUCUGCCAACAUCCUCUGGGUGCAGCGGUGUCAGGACAACAUCUGCAGCAGAGAUGUUUCUUCUCUGUCUCAUCUACUUUAGUCUGUCCUGCAUUAAAGGCAAAUGCUCAGAGAUCCGUCUUCUCCACAAUAAGUCAUCUAGUCUCCAUCUUGGCCUCAGACCUCCAGAAGCCACAUGUCUCCAUGGAGGAGGAAGCUUCUUCCAUCCAACAGCUCUGCAACCAGAGGAGAAGGUCCAGUCAUGACCAGGAGGAAGCAGAAAUUCCGUGGACUCAAGAGGAACAGAUGGAACCGGAUCCUCCUCUGAUUGAAGAACAGGGAGAACCAGGAACUCCAUGGAUUAAAGAAGAAAAGGAGGAACCAAAACCUUGUUUAAUCAAAGAAGAGGAAGAGGAACCAGAACCUGCUCUAAUUAAAGAAGAGCAGGACCCUCAUUUGCUUUCUUCAUGGCUUCAACAUGAACAGGACGUACUAAAAAAUGGACCUACUAGACAUGACCAAAAGCACCUCUGCAGCAGUCAAGGGACAAAACAACUUGUCCAGAAGCAGUCCAUUGCUUUGAUUGAGACUUCUACUCCUCAGGGAGGUUAUGGAGAACCAAGAACUGAGCAGCUUUCAUUUAAUGUCUUUCCUGUAUUUGAGGACCAAUAUUGGGCUAGAAGCAGCUGUGCUGCAUCUGGUAGUCAGUCUCCAACUGACCCAAAGAAAAGGUCUUUAACAUGUGACGUUUGUGGAAAACAUUGUACAGCUAAGUCUAAAUUGGAAGAGCAUUACAGAACCCACACUGGCGAGAGACCGUUUCCCUGUGAAACAUGUGGGAAAAGUUUUUCUAGACGUUAUACAUUAAAUGUACACCAGAGAACUCACACUAGAGAGAGACCAUUUUCUUGUGAAAAAUGUGGGAAAAGUUUCUCUCUAUUUAGUUAUUUAAAUGCUCACAAAAAAAUUCAUUCAGGUGAGAAUGCUUUUUUUUGUCGAACAUGUGGGAAAGGUUUCUCCACAAUCGAUAGUUUAAAUGCACAUAAGACCAUUCAUACAAGUGAGAGGCCUUUUUCUUGUCAAAUAUGUGGGAAAUGUUUUUUUAGACAGAAUCAUUUAGAUUUACACCAAAUAACACAUACAGGUGAAAGGCCUUUUUCUUGUGAAACAUGUGGAAAAGGUUUCUCAAGACUUUCUACUUUAAAUCUCCACAAAGCAGUUCACACAGGUGAGAGGCCUUUUACUUGUCAGACAUGUGGAAAAAGUUUUUCUCGAAUUUACGUUUUAAAAAUUCACAGCAGAACACACACAGGGGAGAGGACUUUUCCUUGUAGGACUCGUGUAAUUAAUUUAAACGCUCACAAGAAAAUCCACAGGUGAGAGAACUUUUGCCUUGUCAGACAUAUUGAAAAAGUUUAUCUAAAAAGUAUUAAACUAUAUAUAUAUAUAUAUAUAUAUAUAUAUAUAUAUAUAUAUAUAUAUAUAUAUAUAUAUAUAUAUCCUUCAGCUUCAAGAUGAAAUGUUUCUAAUGUAUUAAAUUGAAUAUAAAAAUCAUUGUAUUCUGUUUUUGUACAAAAGGCUGUGUACAAAACAGCCUUUUGUACACAGCUCCUUUAAUAUCACGUUCAAGGAACAUGAUAUUAAUACAUGUUCCUUCAACUGCUGGGCUUGUUUAGUUCUCUUUGUGCCUAAUGCAGUGUUUGAUGAAGAGCGGUUUACUCCUGCUAAUAUUAAUCUGCUAACCGUCUGUGGCUUUGUUUGGAGUGGUUGUGCGUACAUGACAGAAGUUCUGUAAUUUAGUAGCUGUAAUUGAAUGUUAUAACAUAAUAUAUUAUACAUGUGUAUGAAUUAGCCUCCUGCUAGCUGAUUAGCCUGCAGCCUAUACAUUUGAGCGAGGCUAAUACUGCAUGUGGUUGUGCAAACACAUGUAUCUUUGAAUGUGGUGUAAGUUUAGUUUGUAUGUGUUAUGUGCCUUUACUAGUUAGUUAAACAUGAUAGUCAUGUAAAGCCUGAUUAAUAGUUAUGGGUAUCGCAGCAUGUAUUCUUAUAUUAAGUAAUGCAGGAAUAUUUUGUAUUUCUGUGUUUGUAGAAACCACAUAUCCCAGUCCUCAAUUUCCACUUUUGUCUGUAUGGCAUUUCAUGCUGAUAUUAAUACAAAGGAGUUAAGCAUUAUCUCUGUGUCCUCAUUGACUCUUAAGUGACUCUUAUUGGAACCUGAAUAUCUAAUCUGGCUUUAAAGCAGUGUUCUGGUUGUCACUCCAGGGUGAAAAACAUUAGUACAGAUGUUCUGC